UUUUGUACACUUUUUUUCAAUUGGGUCUGGUAGGAAUCUUAAUAAAUCAGUCAAUGGAGACUCAAACAACACAUCCUGUUGAGGGAAACAAAAUGAUCAUAUUGAGGCCUUACUUUCUUUUAAUUAGAAUGAUUUUAGUUUUUGGUUAGGAAGGUUCAUAUGCAAGGAGAGGAUUUUCCUGAGGGGAACUAUUGCUUCCUCCACAAUCCAGUGAUUCACCUGUUGAAGACUAUCCAAAGUCCCCAAAUCCUGAAAUCUGGUGGUAAUUCACAUAGUCAGUGAGCCAGUAACCCUUAGAGUGGGCAUUUCCCUUUAGUUGCAACAGCUCAACCUGCGUCCAACAAAAGAUGCUUCCUGUUUGGGGAAUGACAAAUUGCACACACACACACACACACACACACACACACACACACACACACACACACACACACACACACACACACACACACACACACACACACACACACACACACUUGCACAUGCACAUAAACACAAAGAAACACACACAUACACACACGCACACACACAAAUAAAAACACACAAACACACAUACACACAAAUCUUUCGGAGAUUUGCUAAUGCUUGGUCUAUCAGCUUUGUUUCUAUGCAACAUGUUGACAUCCCACUGCAAUGUUGGUAUUUCUUGCUGAUGAUAUCAUCCCAUUGUCUGGUUAUUCUUCCCUCGAUUUUCUUCGCACACAUUCCUCACAACAAGAUGGAGGAGUCGGGCAGUCCUCGCUUCAGAAAACUAAAUUUCCCAGUAGGCCUGUGGAUCCACUCUCCCAGGAAACAUUUUGCCAAGCUUGGUGGCCGCUGGCCCAGUGCAGUCUCCGUCAAGUCCACCACUAGCUCCGACGCGGCCUCCCUGUACGAGGCCCCGACAGCACCUCCCUCCUCCCUCUCGGCCUCCACCCCCUCGCUGGCUUCCCCCGCCCCAUCCCCGUCUCCCUCCCCGGCCUUCCUGCGACCCCGGCCGGCCGGGCCCCAGUCCCGGGCCAAGCGCCUCUCGCACCUCUUCCUGCGAGGGCGCUCCAACAGCGACCGGGACCGCGCGGUGGGGGAGAGGGAGCGGGAGCGCUGGGCGCACUCCGACGGCCCCUCGUCGCACCACUACCUGCCCCCGCCCUCCUCCACCACCCCGGGCCUGGUCAAGAUCUACGGGGAUGCUCUCUCCAGCGGGGCCAACUACCGCUCCCUGCUGGCCAACGCGCACUCCACGGCGCAGCAGCUCAUCGCCCAGGUCAUCACGCGCUACACUGAGCGCGAGCGCGAGGAGACGGAGGACGCAGUUCUACAGAAAUACAGCCCAGAGGACUUCCUGCUGUGUGAUGUCAUUGGAAAGCCCAUCCAAAGGCCAGAUGGGACCGUCCAAUGGGAGACCGAGUGCCGGAGGGGCGUGGCUUCCUGGGAAUGUCCCCUGUUGUUGGUGGACAUGUGGCGGCCCAAGGAAGGGUUUGAGCGGCGUUUUGAAAUGCAAAGAAAGGAAGACUAUGAGAGAGAGGAGAAGGAAAGGGAAAAGGAGCGAGAGAGGGAGGCAGAGAACUGCCAAGGUGUGCGCUUGAGGCGGAGCAGAAUAUCCUCGGGGGGAGGGUCAGAGGAGGGAGAGCGAGGUCAUCGCUCGAGAAACUCCGAGCUCAGGCGGAGCAUCAGCGACAUGAACCUCAGCCUGCGCCGUCGCCAAGGCAACCAUGUCCCAAACGACCCGCGUCUCGCCACUAACGCCCUUAGCAACAGUGGCGCGGAAGACAGGAAAAACACCAUGAGCAUGAUGGUCCCAAAGGGGGGAGAGACAAGGGGGUCAAAGGUCACCAGUAGAGCUGCGUGGACAAACCAGACGCAGGAGGAAGACAAGGACUACUCCAGCUGUGACCUGGAAGUGAUGUCACAGAGCUUGAUCCUCCCGCCCACCGACAGGCCCUAUUUCCUGCUGCUGCAAGGUUACAAUCAGAGCAAGGACUUUGUUUUGUAUAUCAUGGCGGGGCACACCCAUGUGUUUGGGAGGAAGCCCACAAUGAAGGAGCGAGAGAAGGACAGAGAGAGGGAGAGGAAGGGCAAGAGGCCGCUGAAGGUCGACACCUUCCUCUCUGCGCCCGACGUGCUCGCCAGACACUUACUGGUUAGGAGGGACUCCGCUGUUCCCGGGACCCCUCCUGGACAAGCUCUGAUGCGGCCCUUCAGAGGAGGGGCCGUCACACACAACGGCCUGGCCCUGUACCGCGAGGCCGCCCUGAAGCCAGGGGACGUGGUGGGUCUGGGGGGCCACUUUAUCUUCCUCUACCGUGACCCCCGCGUAACCCCCGCUCCCCCGCUGGCACUGGCCCUGCCCUGGCAGGCGGACGGCGGGCCCUCCACCUGCUGCCCCUCCGGGCUGCUCGACCGGCAGGAGGCGCUGAGGACCUACCUGGGGUCGCCCGAAGCCCUGCUGAGGUUCCACCCCCGCCACGCCGACAGCCUGCUCCAGGAGAUCAUCUCAAAGAACUCGUCUCCUGACUCAGGAGGGGGGCCCCUAGCCCCGGCCUACCUCCUGUCCAUCAUGAUCGACCACGCCUCCAAGCACCUCGACCCCGCCCUCACACCUCAAAUACUGCUCAAGGCUGCCAAUCUGAUCAAAGGAAUCGUCUGGGAUAACAUCAAGGAAUUUGGGGAUAAGCAUCCCACGCAAAACUCUACAGAACCAGAGAGUGAGCUCUGUGCCCCAAAUGUCCAGAAGCUCUCCUCUGACCUUCGACCUCUGAUGUUCUGGAUGUCCAACGCCACCGAGCUUCUUAACUUCUUCCAAGUAAAAGUCGAGACCAUGGAGAAAGAAUGGGAGUUUGAGGCACCCGGUGAUCCGGUGCUCUCAGCGGACAUGGACGUCUGCUCAGAGGCCCUGGCGCAGCUUGAUGAUGUCAUCAUGCACACCUUCCAGCAGUGUGUGUACCACCUCACCAAGACCCUCUACUCGCUGCUCCCAGCCCUCCUGGACACCAACCCCUUCUCCAGAGAGGAGAAGGACAAGGAGAGGGAUGGAGCGAGGGCUGCGGAGGGCGGGGACCCCGCGGGGGGCGAGGGCGAGGUGGACGACGUGUCCGCCCUGCCCCCCACCGUGGCCGGGCUGGUGGAGGUUUACCGCUGCUCCCUCACGCUGUCCCGCGAGGCCUGCCUCUCCCCCCCGCUCACCUCGCAGACGUUCGGGUACCUCUUCUUCUUCACCAACACCUCCCUGCUCAAUACGCUGCUGGAAAGAGACGGCCUGUUCUCCUGGUCCAGAGCAGUCCAGAUCCGCACCAACCUGGACCUGGUCCUGGACUGGCUGCAAGGAGCCGGGCUAGGGGACAUCGCGUCUGAGUUCCUGAAGAAACUAUCAAUCACUGUUAAUUUCCUGUGUGUGCCCAAGACCCGCCUCAUCCAGUCAUCGUGGGGUAGCCUGCUGGAGGAGCACACCUUGUUGAGCCCGUCCCAGCUGCACCACCUCCUCACCCACUACAAGCUGGGGGCUGCCCGGGCUCCUCCAGCCUCCUGGGCACCUCCUCCGGGAGCAGAGCUGAGUGGAGAUAUCUUUGAGAGCUUCCUGGACCACCCGCCUCUCAUCCUCCCCAACGAGACCCCCCGACUGAACCUCUCCCAGGCAAUCCCGAGCCCUGAACUCCAGAAGGAAGUGACACGGCUCCGGACCUUCCUGUGGGGACUUGACCAAGAUGAGCUCCCAGCCAAUCAGAGGACUCGGCUUUAAACAAGUCAAGAUAUGUCAUAUAUUUCAUAUAUAUAUAUUUCAAUGUAAGAGACAAUGUAUUGUCACUGAUAUGGCUUCAUAGAAUUUAUUUUAUGAUGGGUUAUUUUAAUAUUAAAAACCACCUUGUGUUUAUUUUA